AGUUGCCGCAACACAAACAUACAUCUAUUCUGGCACUCGCUCGAUCUGUAUCCAGCGAGAAGAAGAGGUCGUCGAUGGCUUGCGUGGCGGACCGUGAGGACGCCGUGAGGGAGGUGACGCAGGUGUACGAGCUCAUCAAGCUCCAGCAGCCUCUCCUCCUCCUCCACUCGCCGCAGCACCCGCCGCCGCCGCCGUCGACGACCUGCCAGCUGGCGCAGAGCCUCCUCGCCAAGGCGCUGCGAGCCCUCAACGUCGCUCUCUCCGUCAUGAAGCAGCAGCCUGCUCCAGUGACACCAAUAAGCGUCAUCAAAGCUGAGCCUCAUCAGCUCUCGCCGCCCUGCAGCCUGGCGUCUGCUGAGUCCCAAGCCGCCAUAGUACUCAGCACGGCAACAAGAGGCGCCAAAAGAAGAAGAUCAACGGAAGGGAAGAAGAAGAAUACCUCGUCGUCCUGGGCGACGGUAACCGCCGUGCCCUACGACGACGGCUACGAGUGGAGGAAGUACGGCGAGAAGAAGAUCAACGGGACGCUCUUCACCAGGAGCUACUUCCGGUGCACCUACAAGGACGACGCCGGCUGCCUCGCCACCAAGCACGUCCAGCAGAUGGACAACAACAGCGAUCCGCCCAUGUUCCACGUCACCUACAACAACGACCACACCUGCAACACCAGUGCCAGAGCCAACACCGGCAGCAGCAGCAACCUCGCUGCAUUGCUAGCAGGCUGCUGCAACAUGAAGCAAGAACCAACUGGACAUGCUGCUGCUGCGGCGGCGGCGACCAUGGACAUGAAGCAAGAAGUCCAAGAACCGCCGCUCCUGCUGCCUGCUCUGGUGGACCUCCAGCCUUCUGCCUGUUUUCAUCAUGAGCAAAUUCCACGGUGCCAAGAACCGCUGUUUCCUGUAAGUAUGGAGCAGCAGUUCGUUUGUGGUCCUUUUAGAGACGACGAUAGUGAAAUCCCGUCGGCUACUGGUUCGUGCAUCUCCGGCGAGACCAGCUGGGAUGGGUAUUCUGGACACAUGGCGGCGGCUGAAGAUGACCCUCUCCUCGAUCUCGAGCGUUUCCUCUUCAUGGACUACUAGUACUAGCUAGGCUACUAGCUGGAUCUGAAACCUAAUUAACAAGAUCUAUGAGAGUAGAAAGUAUAUAGUUUGAUCUUCCCUUUUUUAGGGCAGUAGUGCCAAUAAUACAGUGUUCUGUAGGGAGGAACAGAAAUCCAGUAAAA